UUUUUAAACUGUAACAUUUAAUGCAAAAAAAAAGAGAUGAAUUAACUGAACCCUCACGCUCUCUCUCUCUCUCUCUUUUUUUUUUUUUUUAACAAAACAAAGGUACGGUUUUAUCUAAGGCUACAAAUCAUUAGGUAGCAAAACCUGAGUGUGAUAUUCUUUUUUGUUUCCCAAAACUCACAUGUUUUUGGGAUUACAAGGUCCAUGUGUUACCUGAAUUAAGGCAAGACUCUUUGUCCAAUGAUUAAGAUGUGGGGGCCUUGGAACAUAGUCUUGAGUCCUGCUUUCCUUGCUUGCCCGAUCUUAGGCCAAACAGCUUUUCAUUCAUCUCUGUCUUCUUUGGUGAGGUCUUCAGCGAAGCGAAUGUUGCAUUUGGGUGGAGUGUCUGCUGGGGAUGCUGCAACUCUGUAUGACAGCAUCCUGCGAGUCAUCAUAGAUGACAAAAUGCUGCCAACUGACAAGCUAGCCUCCUUUGCAAGUGACGGCGCUGCAGUAAUGAUAGGUGAAUUUUCCUUUUUUUUGCAUUUACCUUUUAGUUAACAUCUUAUUAAGAUUGACAGUUAUUUUUUUUAUUAUUAUUUUAGGGAGAAAAGCUGGAGUUGGGAAGAGACUCCAAGACUCAUUCCCUGGCCUGAUAACCGUACAAUGCGUGGCACAUUGUCUCAAUCUGGCAGUGUCAGACUACAUUAAGGGGCAGAGGGCAGUUCAUUACCUCACUAAAUAUGCCAGGACUGUUGGAACUAUCUUCUGGUUCUACCAGGCCUCCAGUAUUAGGACCAGCAGUCUCAAGGACAUGGAGAGGCUUUUUGAACUCCCCCAAAUCAAACUGCAGGUUAGCGAUAUUAAGUGCUAGAUUAUUCAGAUCCAAUUUUGCUUUUUUUGUUAUUUACUAUAUAAUUUUAUGUAGGGAGGAAAUGCUUCCAGAUGGGAAUCUAAUAAGGAAGCAACGGAUGUGAUGCGUCGAAUUCUGCCUGCUCUCAUCGCAGACCUCUCACUCCAAGCCCGGAAUGAGCCAACUGCACAAGGACUGCAUUCCUUUGUAAAGGACAAGUUCUUCCCCCCUGCCCUGUGCCUAAUGCAACUUGUGCAUGAAAAGAUCCACCGGCAGUUUUUAGUUUUUCAAAAGAGAAACCUUUUCUUCUCUCAGGUGGAGCAGGAGGUAUGAGAUCAACACCAUAAUCCUUGGGUUUUCUGUUAAUUGGAAUGCUGUUGCUAGCAAAGCUGUUGUGUUUUAUCUCAGGUCACAGUGCUGAAAUCAUCACUGGCACAGCUGAAAGAGAGCAACAUGGUCAAAGACCGCUGGCAGGCAUGGCUCCAGUCUGAUGCUGGUCUGAAGCCUCUACAGGAAGAGGUCCCUGCAUAUUUCCAGGAUGAUGUGUGGGAGAGCUUCAAGAACACUGUAUGUAUUAAGAAUGUAUUUGUGUAAUGUGGACGAAGGACUGUUUUACCUUUCUUUUCAACAUCUUCUACAGGUGAUGGAGCCAUUCCUGACUGCACUGACUGAGAACAUCGACACCAGAUUCCCAAACACCGGCAGUCUGUCUGUCUUCAAUGUGUUCUCUCCCAGACAAAUUUUGUCAAACUCUAGUACAGAGUAUGGGGAUGCUGAGAUGAGGACACCGGCUGAGGAGUUUCCAAGACUGAGGGAGUUUGACCUGCCGUCUGAGUGGAGCUCAUACAGACUGAGAGUGGGGAGUCCUGAUCUGAAGGUACUAUUAAGUUACAUUAACUGUAUCACCACCACAACAGUCUGGUUUUACUGAAUAAUUUAAUUCAUCUUUGUUUUCACCGCUUUUAUUCAGACCAAAUCCCUGGAGGAGGUUCUUCUGUGGCUUGUAUCUGCAGAAUCUGCUGAGCUGUAUCCCACCCUCAGCCUUGCAGCUGCUAUCGCCCUCACAGCCCCUGUCCAGACUGCAGAUGUGGAGAGGCUCUUCUCUGCACUCAAAAUUGUAAUAUAUGAUUGAAAACACUAUCACUCUUCAUGUCUGUAUCAGAGUAAAUACAAAAAUACUUAAUGCAUGAUGAAUUGUUUUGUUUAAGGUGAAGACACCUCUGCGAAACAGACUAAAGGAGAGGCACUUGGAUUUCUGUUGUAAGGUGGCAAUUGAUGGACCAGACCAGGAGGCCUUGGACUACAAGGAGUGCAUGAGGAGAUUCUAUAGAAUUAAAAAGAGGAGGCUGAAAUGUUAUGUGUCUAGUUGUGAGAUGUGUGAAUGAAGUCUACUUUCUAUUUAAAGUUGCCGGCUGAUUUGUGUAUGUAUAUAGUUUUAAUAAAUAAAUGCUUCAACAUGAUAAUGGUCAUAUUCUUUUUGGAACUCUUAACUUUAAGUAUGUUGCCUGUAAAAGAAAGUGAGUUUUACAAAAUACAUGCAAGUCAUGGCACAUGGUCAGGAUGGUGCCACCUCUGCCUCAAUUUGAGCCAGAAAAAACCCUGCCUUAAGUGUCUUGCAGUGAACUGCAUGAUGAUCUGGCAUUGAUGGUGGGCGUUGUAUGGGCCAAGACGAUGCACAGAUUCUAUGAUGAGAUCCAUGUUCUCCUUCCAGUGUGGCACAGUUUUCCCAAUGAUGUCCUUGAUGAUGUGUUUUCUUCUUUUUCCUCCUUCAGGCCGUUGAGCCUCAAGUUCAAUCUUCUUUUGUAUCUUUCUAAUUCUGCAUCUCUCUUUGCCAACUCAGGGUUUUUCUCCUUAAGUUAUUUAAUUUCUUUUCCCAGUUCUUUGUUUUCUUUUUUUUGUCACAGAGGGAAUUCAUAUGGCGCCAUCCAGCUUCUGCUUUUACCGAUAGCAGGGUAUCUCCCUCAGAUAUACAUAUAAGAAAGGCUAGAUGACACAAGGCGGAGUCACCUGCGUCCCUAAACAGCGGCAAUCUUAUUCCAGUAUAUAAUUCUGGUACGUGCUAUGGUAGCUGACGCGAGGUGAGUAAUCUGCAUGAUCAAAAAUAGCCUUAACUCACUGAAAUCUUGACAGAUUUACUAAUUGUUUCGUUUAUUACAGACAUUACUAGUGUGGCUAUGAGUCGGGAUGCUUAGACAUAUUGAAAUGGCAGCUUUUCUUUGUAACGGAGACGACUGG